AUGUUCCGGAUUCCGUCCACAAUACAACCGCGCUGGAUUCGAUCGAACUUCUAUCCCGAUGGCAAACCCUACGGCCGCUCCAGGACUGGCAGCGAACACGGAGGAUACCACGAGCUCCGUACUCCUCGGCCAACGGUCAAAGGAAGCAGUCACGUCAGAGAGGGGAAGAAGUACAAAUUGGAGGGCGCUGGAUGCGGGUUGGAUAAUGCAAGCGUGGACAAAUUCGUGACGAAUUCGCAAAAGGCCGAGGAAGAGCGUCAGCGUCAAAGAGCUGCGCGAUGCGAUCAGGACACAUCUCAACCUCAAGGCCAGUCAGGCCAGUACGGGCAGACUCAGAGGAUGGCACCAUUCCUGGGUGGACCUCAGCUUCCUGCAAUUAGCUACCCAGGCAGUGUUCGUCAUCCUCGAGAACGUGCGGACUACAACCGGUUCUGGUACGCGCAGGCCGCACGCAUAAAACAGGAAAUGGUUGAGCACCUCGACCGUCGAGCAAAGCAGAAGUCGGAAGACCAAUCAACACCUGGUUUUGAGCCCACUCCCCUGCCCCAACGAUCACGACCGCUCGAAGUCUGGCCCACAGUGCUAUCCACAAGCAGGUGCCAGCCACAAACCGAACCGCAGUCGACCCAGAACACCGACCCGCAGUCCGCUCAGAACACCGACCCGCAGUCCGCUCAGAACACCGACCCGCAGUCCAGCCAGAACACUGACCCGCAGUCCAUCAAGAAUACCAACCCGCAGUCCAGCGACAUCAAGGACUACAAGCACUACAGAAUCAUCGCCGAGCGUCGAAGUUUCGGCGUCGAGAUAUAUACAACCGGUCUCACCGAUCAGACAGGCCCCACCACCUACACCGCCCGCACCGAGUCGACCAGCCACCAGCACGAAUGA